UUACUACAUUUAAUUCAAAUACCUAUUAACCUAUUAUUGCUUAUUUAUUAUAUAUGUAAUUUAAUGAUAUUGAAAUAUUUCUAAAAUGUGGUCCAUUAUAUUAUUGUUUUUAAUAUCUUUAUUUGCUUAUUUAUUCACAGAUGAAUUAAUACCAAAGCUAGGCCAUUUAUUCAUAAAUGCCGGUAUGUUUGGCAUAGACCUAUGCAAAGUUAAUAAAAAUAAAAUACCCGAAGCUGUAGGAGUAGUUUCAGGAUGUGUGUUUUUGGUAACAUGUUUUAUAUUUAUACCAAUUGUAUUUGGUUAUAAUUUAAUAGAGAGAGAACAUUUUCCACACAAUGAGUUUGCAGAGUUAUUAGCUGCACUGCUGUCCAUAUGUUGUAUGCUACUGUUGGGCUUUGCGGAUGAUGUUCUGGAUCUAAGAUGGAGGUACAAACUGUUAUUGCCAACUAUUGCAUCACUGCCUUUACUUGUGGUGUACUAUGUCAAUUUCAAUUCCACCACUUUUGUGGUCCCUAUACCACUGAGGCAUUGGCUAGGAAUUUCUAUUAAUAUAGGUUUUUUGUAUUAUGUUUACAUGGGAAUGUUAGCCGUGUUCUGUACAAAUGCUAUAAACAUACUAGCUGGCAUUAAUGGUCUUGAAGUGGGUCAGUCAGUGGUCAUAGCAUUAUCUAUUAUUACAUUUAAUAUAAUAGAAAUUAGUGGUGACCAACAUAAAGCCCACAUUUUUUCGUUGCAUAUCCUGAUACCUUACCUAGCUACAACUUUAGCAUUAUUAAAACAUAAUUGGUAUCCAUCCAAGGUGUUCGUUGGAGACACAUUCUGCUAUGUAUCUGGGAUGACAUUUGCAGUGGUUGGAAUUUUGAGUCACUUCAGUAAAACAGUUUUAUUAUUCUUUUUACCACAAAUUAUUAACUUUGUAUAUUCAGUGCCACAAUUAUUCCAUUUCAUACCUUGCCCUAGACAUCGAUUACCAAAGUACAGCGCUGAAACAGACCUACUGUAUCCUAGCAGAACAGUCAUAGUAAAAAAUAAUAUGUCAUUUUUAAGUAAAUUAACAAUACAAGUUGCAACCCUGCUUAAAUUAAUAGAUAGAACUGAAGAUAAAGAUAGUAUAACAAUCAAUAAUAUGACAUUGAUAAACUUGUUUUUAAUAAAAUUGGGUCCCAUGUCAGAAAUGCGACUUACCAUCAGCCUACUGAUAUUUCAAGUUUUCUGCAGUUGUAUUGCAUUUUUAAUAAGAUACCCUAUGGCCUCGUAUAUAUAUGAUACAAAUAAAUAAUUUAUUUUUAUUA